UCUUUUUUCUCCUCAGCUGCAAUGUGCCAGAAGAAAUUCAAAAAUCUGAAGAAUCAUUUCACAAGACUUAAACAAGACAUCAAACAGAAGACCAGAAGUGGGGCUGGCACAAAUGAUAUCCGCACAAUUAAGUGGAAACACUUCGAAGCAAUGGUGCCAAUUAUGGAAAAAGUGUACGAGGAGCCAAUCCUUUGGAGCAACCUGGAAUUCCAGGCGCCUCAACGAAUGGAAGUGCCAGCAGACGGAGGCAACAUUAGCCAAGAGGAAGAACUUCAGCUCUUCUCCAAUGAAACGCUGGGGCAAGAGUGUCUGGAACAAGGUGGCAGCAGCUCGACUGACAGAAGUGUCCAUCUUGUGAAAAGUGGUCAUCCGCCGGCAAGUGACACCUUCGAAACGUAA